UCUGCUAAUCCUUGGUAAAUGUUUUCUCAUUUUACAAUGCUGCUUUGCAAGUCAAUAAAGUUUUUUUUGUUUGAUUGACUUCUCAUAAAGUGUAAUAAAAUAACGACCCACCUGAUACUGUACCCACAGCCUGCCGUUGGGUAAACAAAAGCCAUGCCCUGCCCCCAGGGGAGGGGGAGGAGCCUGAUCCAGGUAACAAGGACCCGAUCACUGCCUCUAUAACUCCACACCUGAGCAGCUGCGGCUCAUCCCGGCUCAACAGCUACCAGCAUUUUCCCACACACGAUCAACACUUCAAGAAUAUUCACAAACAAGAUGGAUAAAGAUCAGACAGCGGACUCAAUGGAUCCAGAUAAAAGCCGAGAUGAGGAGGAGGAUAAUAAUGGUCUGGACUGGCUCCUCAGAUCGGAACCGAUCGUUGCUGAACCUAUGGACACGCUCAUGGACUCACCUAUGGAUGCGUCUAUGGAUGAUGACGGAAAUAAUAAAACAAGUGUUGACAGCGGUGACAGUAAAGCAUUCAGCAGGGACAGAGUGUUUGAAGCAGCAUCUGAGGGAGACCCGGCUCAGCUCCAGGGCCUGCUGGACUACCUGCGAAUAAAAAAUCAGAGACUUACGAGUCCAGAAUUCACAGAUGAAAAAAAUGGGAAAACGGCACUCCUGAAAGCUCUGCUGAACCUAAAAGACGGCAAAAACGACACAGUGGAAGUCCUCCUCGACAUUGCAGAGAAAACUGGAGACUUAGAGAAUCUAAUCAAUGCGUCUUACAAAGAUCCUUACUACAAAGGUCAAACAGCCCUGCACAUCGCCAUCGAGAGAAGGAGCUUCGACCAUGUGCAGCUGCUGGUGCAGAAAGGAGCAGAUGUGCAAGCCAAGGCCAACGGGAAGUUCUUCCAACGUAAAGCAGGACUAGGCUUUUACUUUGGAGAACUUCCUCUUUCGCUGGCAGCCUGCACCAACCAGCCCGACAUCGUAUCUUUCCUCAUGGAAAACCCUCACAGGAGACCUGACCUGACUGACAGAGACUCGCAGGGAAACACGGUCUUGCACGCCUUGGUGAUCAUAGCAGACAACACAGAAGAAAACACAGAUAUGAUUGCACAGAUGUACGACAUGAUUCUCAUCCAGUACAACAAACUGGGGGAGAAAAGUUCAGUUCAGUUGGAAGCAAUUAAAAACAAUAGGGGGCUGACGCCUCUGAAGUUAGCAGCCAAACUCGGAAAGGUCGGAUUGUUGAAGCACAUGUUACACCGGGAAUUUGUGGAUGAGGAGAUGAAGCCUCUAUCCAGGAAGUUCACAGAAUGGGUGUAUGGACCCGUUCACUCCUCGCUCUAUGACACCAGCUCUGUUGACACCAAUGAAGACAACUCUGUGCUGGAGAUAGUCGUCUUCGGGAGUGAUACUCCGAACCGGCCGGAGAUGCUGCAGGUGGAGCCUCUGCGCAGUCUGCUGCAGGACAAGUGGGACCGCUUUGCUUCCAAAUUAUUCCUGAUGAAUUUCUUGCUUUACGUGACGUACCUGACCAUCUUCACUGUGGUGGCCUUUUACAGGAAGGAAGGAAAGCCUCCGUUUCCGAUUGAAGAAGUCCCGGUUGAUUACUUUCGUUGCAUGGGUGAGCUCAUCAGUGUCUUUGGAGCAGUGUGGUUUUUCUAUAAAGCGGUUGUUAAUUUUAGGAGGAACCCACCAACCUUCAAGGGUUUAUACACGGACGGAUUCUCUUACAUCCUGACUUUACUGCAGUCAUCUCUCCUCCUGGUCGCGGCAGUUUUGUAUGUCUCCGGGCGGAGAGCGUACGUUGGACUCCUUGUGCUCUCGCUGGCUUUCGCCUGGAUCAAUGUCCUUUAUUACUCCAGAGGCUCCAAACAGAUGGGGAUGUACAAUGUCACGAUGGAAAGAAUGAUCCUGUGUGACCUGUUCCAGUUUUUAUGUUACUAUGGAGUUUUGUUUUUUGGAUUUUCUGCUGCUAUUGUUGCUCUCAUGACCGACGCUCCUCCUAAGAAGAAUCCCAACAGCACGAUGGAGGUGAUUGUAGUUCCUGAGACGUCUCCGUGCGCAAAGCCAAGUUACAGUGACAUCCGCUUCACAACACUGGAGAUGUUCAAGUUCACCAUCGGGAUGGGGAACCUGGAGUUCACUGACCACGUUCAGUACAAGGAGGUCUUCUUCAUCCUGCUCAUCCUCUACAUCGUUCUGACCUACAUCCUGCUGCUCAACAUGCUCAUCGCUGUGAUGGGAAACACAGUCGAGAGGAUCUCCAAAGAAAGUGAAAACAUCUGGAACCUGCAGAGGGCUAAUACGAUCCUGGACAUGGAGCGGACGCUGCCCAGGUGCCUGACGAACAAGCUGUACUCUGUCGUGUCCAACAUGGUGUCUUUUGGCGAGGACGAGGGCCGUAGAUUCUUCAGGGUGGAGGAAAUGAACUGGAAAAAAUGGAGGUCAGAUGUCGGAGUUAUGCAGGAGGAAGGACCUGAGGAGAACAUGCCGAAGCUUCGGCCCGAACAUCACACACCCAGGAGUCUGUGGCACCAUAAUCCAUUGUUUGAGAGAAUUCGUCAUCGACGUCGACAACCACAAGCCUCCAGCAUUCCCUAACUUCAGCAGAGCAUCAAAACACAAAGAAAAACAACAAUCUGUAUCUAUAGGACAUUCAUACAGAAGAGGAUUGAGGCCUGGGAGGAGAAGAAAAUAAUGACGAUUUUUUUUUCAUCAUGCAGUUCUAGAAAAAAGUGUGAACUGUGUUAAAGAUCUUCACAGAUUGGUUGUUCCUGUGCCAAUAAGUCAUCAGAGGAUCAUUGUUUUCUAUCCAACAGUUACUACAACCUGAUUUUAAUCAAUAUUAUAAAAUGAGCAAUAACCACAAUAUUUAAGGGUGUAGUAGAACUAAAAUCCCCCUACAUAUACAUGAGAUAUUCUUGGUAGUAUAGUAACUACCAAAACUGUUGUUUUGGGAAAAUCUGCUUUUAUGUAAUUUAUGUGAAUUUUUUUAGGCGUAUUGAAGAAUUUCAGGUUGUAGCUCGGAGACUUUUUUUCCCCAAGUGCAUAAUGCAUUUUUAUCCUCUUCUCAUUAUUUUUUCUCUCCUACCCGGGCCUAAUCAUCUUCUGUACAUUCAUACUGAUUCCAUUCAUAUUGCAAUCUUGGAAGUGGAAGGAGACAGUAGUGCAGUACAUGUACAAUAAGCGACGGCAGCAGCGAGUGCAUCCAAAACACUGAUGGUGAAGAACUGCAUGUCGUGCUGUUUCUCUCUGUAGAGAUUCUACAGACUAAGCAAAGUCGUUCUGCAUUUUGCUGAACAUAAUUCAAG